UGAGUGCGCCCCUGACAUUUCCCAGGGAGAAAGAAGAGAGCGAAGAGGCGGCCGAAGGACGUCGUAUUGGCAGGGGCUACUAAUCUCAACAAUGGCAACUUCAAAGCUCGUGUCUAGGUUGUCGUCUAGGCUACAUCCUCUUGCUCUUAGAAUCACCAAACCAACUCUCUCUUCCCCGCUCAACGCUGCCUCUCCACGACGUGUUUCUUGCAUUUCACGGUUACCGGUGGAGUUGGGUUGCUCGGGAUCAAUGAUGCCGUUGCAUAGCGCAGUAGCUUCAGCUCGGUUAGUAUCAAGUUUGUCCACAGAAUCUUGGAGCUGGGGAUUAGUUCCUCAAGGUAUUUCCAUGCCUUUAUGACAGUACCUAUCUGCAACUAAUUGGUGCACUGUGGCAUUUUCCAUUUCAUGGUAUAAUAGGGUUCCCCGUAGCAUGUUUUCUUUUUAUUAUUGUCUUAAGGCCUUUGACUUUGUAUGCUUCACCUGACAUCUUUGAGGAAAACGUGGUGCAACUGAUGUUGCUUACUUGUUAGAUGGGUUCAUUUUAUGGUAAUCUAUUUAUGGAAUAUCUUUUUUGGGAUU